UUCGAAUUCAGUGGAAUCGAGCAGUCAAUUGAAAGUGUUGAAAAAGGCCGAAAAAAGUCACAAAAUGCAUUCAAAGUAGACCAACUGAUUGAACGCACCACAAACCAACAACAACAACAUAAACAACAACGCUGAACGAGAUAAAAGUAACAACAAUAUUAACAACAACAACAACGCGUCAUGCGACUGCCGAUUGUUUGCGUGACGCUGCUGACGCUGACGUUAAGCGCGGCUGCGCUGCGACAGCCACAGACACCAACAGAUGCUGAGGCAGAGGAGAAUCAAAGCAACAAAAACGCACAUUUGGAGCGCCACGGGCGGCGGCGCAACAACAACAACAGCUCCAGCAACAAUAAAAGCAAUAAUGCAGCGGCUACCAGGCAACAGCUGCGUCAGCCACAAAGCAAACGGCAGCAACAGCAACAACAAAGGCCAAAGCUAAGCAGCGAGGAGGAGGAGCAGCAGGAGGAGGACUACGAUUGGACCGAUGUGGACACAAGCGCCAUGGCGACAGGCGAUAGCUUUGAGGCUGUUGUGGAGCCAGUGAGGACACAAAGCGCCCCCUAUGAUAUCUUCGCUUGCUGCAAUGAAGUAUUCGGCUCAUGUCGUGAAUCAUGCGAAAAUCUGUCCCUGGUCCAGUUGGCCACCGACCCUCGUGCUGAACUGAAAAAAUACUGCCAAUUACAUCAAUUGGAGUUCUGGGGCUGUCUCAAUCGCACACUCGAAGCUGUUGCUCGCGGCUCUGAUUGGUCGGGUCGACGUUGUUGUCAGUUUGGCGUUUUACAACACUGUCGCAAUGCCUGCGCAACGAGCUCUUCAAGCACAGAGUUAAGUAACGGCAUUUGCAGGCGUAGUGAUGAGCAGCAAUUAUAUGAUUGCCUGGAGCGCCAGGACGCGGCAGAUCGUUGCUGCGGCCAGGCCCGCACAUCCGAGUGCUUGCAGGCGUGUCGCGCCGUCUUCGAGACACCAAACGAGAACGAAAGCGAGAAUGGAUCUCGUCCACAUCCCGAUGAUCGUCUCCAGCUGGACCGGGCUUGUGGGGAGCGAAAUGCUGAUGUGCUCCAAUGUAUUAACAAUCAUACGGACAUGACGCCGCUAGCCAAUGCGCAUCAAUACCUUCCUUGCUGCAAGUACAGCAACAACGAGCACUGUAGUCGCACCUGUCGGGCGCUCCUUCAUCAGAAUGUCAGCCAAGUGGAGCGCAGUGAUGUGAUCUUUGAGCGUCUUCAGGCUGCCGGAUGUGGCACCCCAUUGCCGCAUUUGCCGUUCUGGCAGUGCUUCCUGACCGUCCCCAGGAAGUUGUAUGUGCCGGCAGGCGGACAGACACAGCACCAUCGAGCACCGAGCUAUGCCGGCGCCAAUGAGCAGACCAACCAGCUAGGCAUAGAUGCUGCCAAGCGCCAGUGCUGUGAGUUUGCGAGCAGCCACAAGUGCCGGCGCCUGUGCUCGCAGAUCUUCAGCAAUGAUUGGUGGGAGACACGAGCCAGCUUUGAUAGCGAGUGCCUGGAACAGCCCGCUGAGUUGGAGCUGCGCCGCUGCAUCGAGAGUGUGGACGCGCCUUGUGAACUGGGCUGCGACGGCCUCAGCUUCUGCACCAACUUCAACAAUCGUCCUACGGAGCUCUUCCGCAGCUGUACACCCGCGCAUGAUGCAGCGGCUCGUGAAGAUCUGCUGCUGCUGCAACAGCGCGGCUAUGUACGCGUCCUGGGCCAGGAACUGCACAUUAAAAACACCACGCGCUGUGCGCCGGAGAAGUGGCAAGCUCUGGUCUGUGCCCUGCAGCUGCAACCCUGCACCCGCGUCGGACUCUACAAUGGCAUUUGUCGCGAGGACUGCAACGAGCUGUUGGACGAGUGCCUCGACUGGACGCGCCAAACGCAGCGACCGCAGGCCAUAUGCGCGAGACUACAGCCCACACUUAGCGAGGAUGAGGUGCCACCGCCCUGCAUCUCUCUGCGCGCCUACUUGGAGCGGGGUGACGCUGCUCCAGAGGCGGGCGGACACUACGGCCUCACAGCCCCCUGCGCAGCCAUGCCCUGUAAUGGCAGCGAGGUGUGCGUGCCGCAGCGGAAUGGCAGUCAGGGGUACUCCUGCAUACCCAGCUGCAGCUUGGGUCAGGCCUCCUCGCUGAGUGUGCCCUUCGGCGCCUAUUUGCGCGUCGGCAAGACAAGCAGCUCGGCGGGCACUGGCUUGGCCAGUGGACAGCUGCUGAUGGCGGAGCACAUGGUGUGUCGGUGUGGACGACGUGGCCAGGUGGAACAGUGCCAGCCCCUGCCCAGUUACACGCACGCGCACUGCGUGUUGCCGGGCGGACGCAGUUUUCGGCACGGCGAGUCCUUCUACCUCGAGUGCAAUCUUUGCAGCUGCUUUGCCGGCGAGAUUACGUGCACCAAGCAGCAGUGCCGUCUGGUUGGCUACACAGACGCCAGCUACACAAGUCUGCCGUGCAACUGUCCGGCUCACUAUGUGCCUGUGUGCGGUGUCAACGGAAAUACCUAUCCUUCGGCCUGCGUGGCCAAGUGUCUGGGUCUCCAGGAGACUAGCUACGUCUACGGAGCCUGCAAUGCACGCAAUGCCUGUCAAGCUGGCACCCACGACUGUCCAGUCGGCACUCAAUGUCUGGAACAGCGCCAGAUCUGUCUGUCCAGCAUGCAAAGGCCCUGCAGCCAGCAUGUCUGUGUCAACAUAACUGCGUCGAGCUGUUCCAGCCAUCACUCCCAGGAGCUGUGCGACACCCGUGGCCAGACCUAUACCAAUGCGUGCGCUCUCUUGCAGAGCAACGGCCAGUUGGCCUAUUGGGGCGCAUGUUUAUCCGGUCGCUGUGCCGCGCAAUCGUCCAUCACUCCUGUCUGUGGCAUCAAUGGGGUUACCUAUCGCAGCACUUGUGCUGCCUGGGCCGAUUAUGUGCUUGUGGACUAUGUGGGACGUUGUCGGGAGGUUGGUUUGCUGGCCGCCGAUAUGGGUCGGCGUUGUCGGACGGUCAAGUGUCCGGCCCCUGUUUCGCAGCAUUGUCGUCACAUUGUGCCUCCCGGCGCCUGUUGCCCCAUCUGUGCCGGUGGCGCUUUCCGCAUCAUCUACUCACGCAAGCAAUUGGAUCGUGCGAUGUACGCGUUGCGUGGUUCUCGGAGCUCCUUGUUGACGUUGCACGGCGUGCUCCAGCAAUUGGAUCAGAUGGUGCAGGUGAGCGAGUGUCAGCUUACUGGUUUCCUCACCAUGGAGGUGGGCAUCUUUGUUGCGCUGGUGACACGUUCGGCAAGACCCACACGAUUGCAGCUGGAGGCAUGUGCUCGAGAGGCGGAGAAGAUAUCGGCUCUGAUCAGCGCACAAUCGCCCCGAAUCACAACAAAUUUGGCACUUUCCAGCCUCACUGUAUCCCACGUUUUGGAGCCCAGCCUUUAUGGUCGUGGCCUAAAUCUAAGCCCCACUUUAAUGCUCCUAUUACCUGUUGCUCUGAUAAUGCUAAUAAGAAGUUUGAAGUAGUGUGUAAAUUAGCGUAAAAUUGUAAUCAUAGUCAACUUUUUUUGGUUCUUGUACAAUUUUGAACAAUCAAGUGAAUUCUUGGUGCCAAUUUUUUCAGUAGUUUAAGUUGCAAAUCGCUUCCAAACACAAAAUACUCCUCACGUGCCUUCACCAAAUUAGGUGUGUGGGUGGAAUUGAAAAUGCAUUGUGGAUCCUUUUAUUAUUGCAUAUGUAUGUGUAUGUGUAUAUAGACCGGACCCUCUGUAAAUUGUGAUAUUAGCUAAAAUAUCUUUAAGCACUCAUUAAAGACAUGUCUCUAGUUAGCACUUAUUAAUAUAAUAUACUAAUAAUAUUAUCUAUAACGAACAACCAA